AUGGAUCAAGAUAGUCUUGCUUAUAAAACACUCGAUGGCAAGAUAGGCCAACUUGCCGUCAGUAUGAAUAGGAGUAUGAGUGAAAUUAAUAAAAACAUAGAAACGAUGCUAAAAUUGAUAGAGAAAAAAGAUAAUAGGAGAGGGCAAGAGAUUGUAGAAUUGGCAAAUAAAUUCAUUAUUCAUGUCAAUAUGACCGACGAUAGCAGCCAACCAGGCACGUCUAGGAACAAGUGUAGCAAACGACUGACAAUCCCAGGAGCGCAAAAAGCUACAACGUUAAUCCGUACGAUUAAGACGCUUAAAGGACAGGAUGAUUUGGGAGUGGAAGAUUUUAUACAGGAUAUACGAGAUGCAAGGCUACAGUGCAACGAUAAGCACAUGUUAUUGAAAUUGAUACUAUCAGAAAAGAUAACUGGACAGGCAGAACGUUCGAUUAGCUUCGAAGAAUUAUACGAUGCAUUCCGUACGCAUGUGACAUCACAAAUAACGAUAUCAACAGCCAGAGCGAAACUGGCCAACAAUUAUCACCUACCUAAUGAAAAUGUUAAUGAAUAUUAUAUCAGCUUUAGAAGAGGACUCAAUAA